AUGCGACUACUGUCAGACGAAUUAAGUGUUGAUGAAGCUAAAGAUAUCCAAGAAUUUUCAGAUUGGUUAUUGGCUGUUGGUGAUGGUAGGAUUAAUGAGCCUAAUGAUGGUGAGGCACUAAUAGAUAUUCCACAAGAUUUGUUGAUUACAGAAGCUGAAAAUCCAGUAGCAGCAAUUUGUAAGGAAAUCUAUGGAGAUCCAACAGAGAUGCACAAAAACAGUGAUCCUAAAUUCUUUCAAAAGAGAGCAAUUUUAGCACCGACCAAUGAUAAUGUCAAUACAAUUAACCAGUAUAUGCUACAACAUUUGCAAGGAGAAGAAAAGAUCUACCUAAGUGCUGAUAGUAUAGAUCCAACUGACUCAGAUUCACUGAACAAUCCGGUUAUCACUCCAGAUUUCUUAAACAAUAUCAAGCUGUCAGGUUUGCCACACCAUGCUUUACGUUUGAAGAUUGGUUCGCCAGUUAUGCUACUUAGGAAUAUUGAUCCUAAAGGAGGGCUGUGUAAUGGAACUAGACUCCAGAUAACUCAACUUGCUAAUCACAUUGUGGAAGCUAAAGUAAUAACAGGAGACAGAAGUGGUGACAUAGUUUUAAUCCCUAGCAUAAACCUUACACCUUCAGAUACCAAACUGCCUUUCAAGAUGCAUAGAAGACAGUUUCCACUCUCUGUUGCAUUUGCAAUGACCAUCAAUAAGAGUCAGGGACAAUCUCUAAAGAAAGUAGGACUUUACUUGCCUAAACAUGUGUUCUCUCAUGGCCAACUUUAUGUUGCAUUGUCUAGGGUUACAUCCGAAAAAGGUACUUCUUUCACAAUAAGACCAAGCUAUUGA